AUGGGCCAAAAAUUUAGCGACUUCAAGAGUUUUUUUGAAGUAAUGGAAAACAGAAAUUCUCUACCCUCUGCCCAUGCCAGUUCAGUGGUCCCUCCUACCUGUGAUGAAGAAAAUUGUGGAAACGUAGUUCCCGAAACCAUUGUUGAUAUGGGAGGAGGCAUCUCGCAGCCAGUGUCAACAGCUAGAUGUAAUGAUGCAAAUAAUGUAGCACCUUCCAAUGAUGUUGAUGUACAUUUUGAAAGUAUUUACAGUAAUGGUACCGAGAGUGUACGAUGCAAAGAAGAAAAUGGAAAUGUAAUGCCAGAAUCAAGUAGAUUCAGUGAACAGUGUGUUUGUCCCGCAAAAGUGGAAUGUGUAUAUUCGGAUGAAAAGGUAAAUCAAAGUUGGUGGCAAGCAGAUGGGAAUAGCGAUGGAAGUAGUGUGAGACAUGGAUCAACCAAACCACUGUCUGUGAUGAACAGUAAACGUACAAGAGGGAAGCCUUUGCAAUCUCCUAAAGAUAAUGCUGCGAAUAAAAAGAAACGUAAUCAUUGGGUAUUAAAAUUUAAUUGUGCUCGUCUAAAGGGCGGAGGCAACUGUGCAGGAGCAGGUUCGGAACCUGAGAUUCCUGAGCCUAAUAUUGGCUGUGAGAAUUGUGUAUGCACAGGCUACAGACGUACUGAAGAGCAUCAUUUAGGUGCUGGUGUUGUAUUUGAUGCAACUCCCUCAACAGAAGAGCCUACACGAUCUGAAUUAGCAAGUGGCAGUGACGCUGAAAAUGGUACUAAUGCUACAUCACCAGCUCCUACAGCGGAGGUAGGAGCUGCUGAUUUCCUUAUUGACAUGGCCCGUUUCAAUCCAGAGGAUUUUCCUAUUGAAGACUGUGAUGAGAGAGCUCGACUGGAACGGGCUCGAGAAAUUGCUGAAGGUGUGGAACCUCCACCUGGCUUUUGUCCUGGAAAACACAUUCAACUUUUAUGCCCACCAGAACUGACAAUUGACAAUCUCACCGCAUUAUUUCAAACUCACUUGGGCAUACCUUCUGCUGCGCUCUCUGCAUUAUCUCAAAUUGACAUCAGCUUGUCUCCUGCUAUCCAGCGAGCUGUACAUACUCAAGUAGAUUAUAUUCAUUGCCUUGUGCCAGACCUUCUUGAAAUAACAUCAUGUUCAUUUUACUGGGGGAAAAUGGACAGAUAUGAAGCAGAAAGGUUGCUUGAAGGCCGUCCAGAGGGAACAUUUCUUCUCAGAGAUUCUGCUCAAGAAGAAUAUCUGUUCUCCGUUAGUUUUCGAAAGUAUGGUCGAUCAUUACAUGCUCGCAUUGAGCAAUGGAAUCAUCAUUUCAGCUUUGAUUCUCAUGAUCCUGGAGUUUUUGCUUCUCCCACAGUUUGCGGCCUCAUUGAGCAUUACAAGGAUCCAUCUUGUUGCAUGUUUUUUGAACCUAUGUUAACCAUACCCUUGCAUCGCAGCUUCCCAUUCCCCCUCCAACAUCUGUGUAGGGCAGUUGUUUGUAGCAAAUCUACUUACGAUGGACUAAACAAACUACAGUUACCUAAAGCCCUUAAGUGUUAUCUAAAAGAGUAUCAUUAUAAGCAGAGAGUUCGAGUGAGACGAUUUGACUUAGAACAUUAA